AUGGAAUGCUGCCCCUCAGAAACUCACUACAUCCACCCUCGUGCAGGCAUCUCACGAGGCGGGUGGCUGCUGGAAAUCUACCGAGAUGAACGCACCAUGCAAAAAUUCUACCAGACGGCUUGCAAAGACGAUGUCCGGGAUCAACCUUGUCACUACAUCAAACACGAAUAUCAACCUGCGUCGCGAUGUGUGCAAAGGUUCAGCUACGUGUACGCCUUUGUGAGAUUCUUUAACGUGUCGGAGAACUUCCGGCUAGACUACAUCCGGGUUAAAUCCUCUUGCUCUUGCGAGCUCGACUUGACCUUGCAAGAUGAGAUUGAACUGCACUAA